AUGACUCGAGUCCUUUUGUUCAUUGGUUUAACAAAUUACUACCAUGCAACCCACGGUAAAUCAUACGACCCGGUUGCUUAUGAAUUAAGUAGAGCCACCAAAAAUUUUGUUGGAAGCUUUAGUUCAAUGGCUGCUGAACUGGGACACACUUCUCUACUGGACUUCACACAAAAAUUAUAUGAUGAGUUAUUACAGGAACGCCAAAAUAGAUCAAUAUAUCAAAUUGAAAGAGACCAAUUGCAAAUAUUUUGGGAUAUAACUAAAAAAAAUUUGGUUUCACUGGCAUCAGAUAUGAAUUUAAUGCAAAAUAUUGCAGAAGAAAAUUUUCAAAAGAUCGACAAAGUUGAAAAAAAAAAUCGGCAACAAAGACUUCAACUAAUCUAUGAACAUAAUAUCAAUCUAAAUAAGGUUCAGUCUGAAAAUACACAAAUUUUAAAAUGUAUAGCAUUAGAUUGUGACCAACAAAUUACUGAUUUAUUCAAUAUUAAUACAUCACUAAAAGAAAAAAUACUUCAAAAUAAUAUCCAACAUACAAAUCAAAUAAAAACAUUAAAAAUCAAACAUAUUGAAGCAUUAAAAGAUAAAACGAAAUGGAUGGAAUGUCAAAUGUCUCAAAUAAUGGAUCGUAUAGAAAAACAACGAAACUAUAUAAUUGAAAAAAUUACAAAAAAAAAUGAAAUUGAGUUGGCACAAAUAGAAAAUAUAAAAGAAAAACAAAUAAAAUUACUUUUAGAACAACAUAAGAAUGAAUUUGAAGAUAUGCAUACAUUUUAUCAAGAAAUUACUAUUAGCAACCAAUCACUUAUAAGUUGUUUAAAAAGAAAA